AUGGUCGCGGCUGGUUUGAACCAGGUUCAGGCGUGCGCCACCCUGGGUUUGUCGCUGAAGUCUCAGGCAAGCACGGACGGACAAGCGGCGCAGGAGGUCCAGCAGCGGGUCUCGGCCCUCGAGAGACGGCUCGAGGGCGAGCUCCUGCGGCCGCCCCUCGCGGAGGAGCACCUCGGGGAGGUCCAGCAGCGCGUCUCGGCCCUCGAGGGCAGGCUCGAGGCGGCCACGCACGCGGCGCAGGCCGAGAGGCCCACAGUGUCCGUGGCGCCGCGCCCCGCGCAGGCGUGGCAGGAGGAGCUGCCCGUGAGCGCCUCCGUCAGGCAGAUCCUGACGGAGAUCCGGGAGGAGAUCCUGGCGGAGCUAGCCGGGACAUGCGCACUGCCCUGGCGGAAUAAUUUGGGCAGCACCGCAACCCAGCUCGAGACGGCCUGCCAGACCGUCACAACCGACUUCCACAACAAGAUCUUUAGCCUCGUCGGCGACCAUGCCGCCAAGCUGGACGGCAAGAUCGACGAGCUCCGCGACGAGGCCCGCGAAAUCGAGAAAACGGUCCGUAUCGCGGAACGUGCCGCGGGCGUCACGGACUUCGUGUUCUUGUCCGUGCGGGACCGCGACCCCGAAUCAGACGUCGCCACGGUCAACGCCAAGGACGAUACAGCCCCGGGUGAAGUGCAGCAUGCCUUCGGCAUUUGGCUGCAGGCGGACGCUGGCGGCAGGUCAGCGCUCCCACCCUGGCUGGACCUGCAGGGCCCUCAUAUUUUUGAUUUUGACCGUUCUCCACGCUCUCAGCGGAUGGAGUUCCAGACCAAGCGAUUAGCCCGGACCCUGGAACUUAGGUGCACCCAGCUCGAUUUUUGGCCCAACCGUGGCAAGGGCGAGGUCAAGGUCGACCGAAUGUCGAUCGCCAGGAUCAUCGUCCCGACCGUCCCCGACGAGCCUUCCAAGACCGAGUGGAAGCAGCCAGAGGCCAAACGGCUCGGCAUUGAUUGCGGCUCAUCGACGCGGAUGGGCUCCGACGCGCCGUGGUCCUCGCCGGCACUGGGCCUCCUGGGCUGCCCCAGGCAGAACGUUCAGUCCUGA